UAUGUCCAAAUUAGUUCGGGCCGUCUCGCCCAUGAUGUCCGAAGGGCGGGCGGAAUGGCGAAUCUAACGAACUCGACAGUCGAUCUUGUGCGCGUAACUCGCGGACACGCGAUGUGGUCAGUUAGCUGUUUGCUCCUGUCUCUGCUCGCAGCCAGUCACCAAUUAAGCAUAGACAAGUUUGAAGUGCCACCAUCAGAGUCUGAGGGGUCUGACGUGGAGUUUAAAUGCACAUAUUCGUUGGAUGCGAGCGACGGCAAAGCGGAGCCGUACGUUAAGUGGUGGUUCUACCCGACGUAUCACAAUGACGACAAGCCGGUGCUAGUUUACCAGCGGUUGCAACACGAAGAACCUUACCUCCACAAGGAUUUUGAAAAGUCCGGGACAAAAGAUAACAUCAUUCUGAAAGAUGCUAAAUAUACAUACUCUGGGAGGUACAUGUGUGAAGCCUCCGGUUACAAUGAGAAGCGCGUCAGCGCGGACUUGGUCAUCUAUUCAAAAGGCACGGGUCCCCUGCUGAACAUCACCGAGGUGGCAGACGGCGCUGACGAGGAUGAGGAUAACGACUUGCUGGUGGUCUGCCGAGCUGGUGACGUCACUCCUGAGGCCGAACUGCUCAUCAGCACUAACGGGAGGCCAUUGAGUGGCAUUGUCCAAGACAACGACACCAUCAGUGACGGGCUAUACAACCUGACUGCCAACGUGACAGUCUCCAAAUCUGACCUAGAGGGCGUUGAAGUGCGCUGCGAACUAUUGUUCCCCAAUAAGGAAUUCCCCCAUUCCCCUUUCGUGGACACAGAGACAUACAGUUCAACAGGAGCCGUGCCCACUGCGGAGCCCGAGCCGGAGCCCCACAACUUGACGCUCAACGGCGACCCGGCGCCUCAAUUUAAUCGUUGUAUCCGCACAAGUGUCGAUCGGUGGUUGUCCAUUGCCGCUGUAAUGAUGGUGCUGCAGUCACUAAUGCAAACAUCCAACUGAAUGUGAUAACUAAAUAGUUUAAGUCAAUAAUUUAUUGUUUCAAUGUGUUUGGUUGCAAUAAACCGCUGUUAAAUAACAAUUUUAUAAAUA